AUGGCGGACCAGAACAACAUCCGAACGCAACUCCGCCACCUUCCGGUCCUUGAAGGUCCAUUCGCUGAAGUGAACUUUGACCACUUCCCUGACACCCCUCACGAUGCUUUCAAAAACUGGUUGGACGAGGCGAUCAUGGCCGGCGUCAAAGAGCCCCAUGCCAUGACGCUGGCCACGGUUGACGAACAAGGCUACCCAGACGCUCGAGUCCUCAUCCUGAAGAAUGUCGAUGAUCGUGGCUGGCACUUCGCCGUCAAGGCAGAUAGCCCGAAAGCUCAGCAGCUGGAGACCAAUGGAUAUGCCGCCCUGACAUUCUACUGGCCCCAGGUUGGUCGGCAAAUCCGAUUGCGCGGAACAGCCCGACAGCUGCCAGAAGCUGAGUGCAGGGAGGACUUCGCCGAGCGUCCGUUUAAAUCGAGGAACGUGCCGCAUCCACUGGGCAAGAGGACGGCUCUCAGAAGUGGAGAGUAUAUGCCGUGGCGCCGAUGGCGGUGGAAUUUUGGCAAGGGUCGAAUGAUCGCCUUCAUUAUAGGCUACGCUAUGUGCCAGAGACAGAAAAUGGUGUUUGGCAAAGGGACCAGCUAUGGCCAUGACAUACUCUUGACUCGACGAAACAGCCAAAUUCGAAAAGAGAGCGACAGACUCAUCCCCAGGGCAUUCGACGGUUGGUCACAAUCGAUUGCCCGGGGCGACUACGAGCGGGUGGCAACGGCAUAUGACAGCGCGCUGAAGGCCAACAAAGCGCUGCGCACCGAAUACCGUACGGGCGACGAGCCAUGCCAAUGGCGCCUCCUCAUGCUAACGCCAUUCGGCGAGGAAGAACUGCGCGGACUCCCCCUCGGUACCGAGGGAGGCUCCUACUGCACAAUCACCGACAUCACUGAAGAAAAGCGGGCGGAGAUUUCACAAAAGAAAAUCGCCGAGGAGGCGCAACGGCGGAAGGAACAACAGGAACGCUUUAUCGAUAUGAUCAGCCACGAGGUCCGGAAUCCCCUUUCCGCCAUUCUACAUUGCACCGAAGAUAUUUUGGAAGCCGUGCAGCAGAAGGACCAACAGGACAUCUGGGUCAAGGACAUCGCCCAAGCGGCGGAAACGAUCAGUCUUUGUGUUGCGCAUCAGAAGAAGAUCGUUGACGACGUGCUGACGUUCUCGAAGUUAGACGCAGAAAUGUUCACCUUAUUGCCGCGGCGCGUGCAGCCACGACAGCAUCUGGCCAUGUCGUUGAGCAUGUUUCGACCAGAGCUACGAAAGCAUGACAUCGACUUCGAAUACAAGCUGGACCACUCCUACGCCGACUGUGAAGUGGACUGGAUUAUCGCCGAUCUCGACCGCAUGAGUCAAGUUCUCGUGAAUCUUGUCUGCAAUGCGAUCAAGUUCACGGCCAAGGCGGGCAACGAGAAGAAGAUAUCGGUGUUUAUGGGUGCCUCCAAGGUGCGCCCGACGUCCUACCCACCCAACGUAGUCUUCUUCAGCUCCGAUGAGUCGGCUCUGCGACGCAAUGCGACGAACCGGCCCGAGUGGGGGGAGGGUGGCAUGGCCUAUAUCAUGGUCGCGGUGAAGGACACGGGCAUUGGAAUCACCGAGGAAGCACAGAAGCGGCUGUUUGAACGAUUUAAUCAAGCCACCCCGAGAACCGAGUCGAUCUACGGUGGGUCAGGGCUUGGCCUCAACGUCAGUCGGAGGCUCUGCCAUAUACACGGGGGCGAAAUCGGCGUGAGCUCGAAGGAGGGUCACGGAAGUACAUUCGGCUUCUUCUUCACCGUUCGUCGAAGUGUCGAGAGCGCCAAGAGCAAGCCACCUCGACAAGAGCCGGGGGCCAUCGCCGAGUUGUGCCGGGAUGUCCAAGCGCUCAGCCAUGAGGUAACGGAAGGGACAAACGAGAUCACCAAUCCGGCCAUUCCUACCAGUCCUGAGAUCACGCAUGUGAAGGAGAUCUCCCCCAGCGCGUCCAAAGACGAGGCCUGGCAACAUACCGCCCGAAUCGCCUACGAGGCAGGAAACACGGAGGUGAUGCGUCACAGUCCCAGUCUUGCCCAGUCCACCGACCAAUCUCAGUAUCCCAAGCAGCAACCAUCCCAAUCACCACGGUCUCCACCGGACGCGACCAAAGAACGACGGGUUCUGGUGGUAGAGGACAACGUAAUCAACCAGCGUAUUGUGGCACGCAAGCUCGAGUCCAUGGGGUUUCGAGUGACCGCGGCCAGUAAUGGGCGCGAGGCUCUGGCUAUGGUCCAGCAAAGUACAUUCGACUGCAUUCUAAUGGAUCAGGCGAUGCCAGUGAUGGACGGAAAUUCAGCGACGCGAGCCGUUCGCGAUCUCGAGAAACAUGGGAUGGCGCAUGUCCCGGUUCUAGGCGUCACCGCAAAUGUCCGGGCCGAGCAGCAAGCGGAGAUGAAGGCAGCAGGCAUGGACGACAUUAUUCAUAAGCCAUACAAGAUGCAAGACCUGUGUGACAAGAUUCAGCAGUUGAUAGGAUGA